AUGGCGGACCUGGUGAUAGGCGCCAUGAGCACCAUCAUCCCCAAGCUCUACCAGCUGCUGGAGGAGGAGUACAACCUAGAUACCAGCAUGAAGGAGCGCAUCAGCUCUCUCAAGCUGGAGCUUGAGCUCGCACAAGCCGCACUCGUCAAGGUGGCCGAGGUGCCGUGGGACCAGCUCGAUAAGCAGGUCCAGAUCUGGGCUCGGCUAGUCCGGGAGGCCUCCUAUGAUUUGGAGGACACUCUCGACCCCUUCCUCGUGCGUGUCAAAGGCCCUGACUCUACUGAGGAGAAGCAGAGCUUCCAGAAGUAUCUCAAGAAAAUGUCCAACUUUUUCAAGAAGAGCAAAGCCCGCCGCAAGAUCAGGGGUGAAGUCAAGGACAUCAUCACUCAUCUCCAGGAGGUGACGGAGUGCUGUCGCAGGUACGAGGUGGAUGAUAUUGUGGCCAGGCCAGCCACAGUAUCCACUGUUGAUCCUCGUAUUCACGCCAUGUACACACAAGUGAACAAGCUUGUUGGCAUCGACGAGUCAAGUAGUGAGCUCAAGUCCAAGUUCCAGCUAGAUGACAUGCGCGACACGAAGAUAAAGACAGUAUCAAUUGUCGGAAUUGGUGGGUUGGGCAAGACCACGCUUGCUAAAGCUGUCUAUGACAAUCUUAGAGGGGAUUUCAACUGCAGCGCCUUUGUUUCAGUUGGCAGGAAACCCGAUUUGCAGAAAGUGUUACAGAUGAUUCUCGUUGCCCUCGAUCAGUAA